GAGUUAUUACAGCACCCACUCAGCCUCUGAGGCCUCUUACAACAUGUGUUUGCCUUACAGGCCCUGAGAGAAUGAGCUACUGAACUUAAACUAAGUGUGUUGUUAGAUAGCCACACUAAGAGACAGAAAGAGAGAGUGAGAGAGACUGCGGUAAAUGAGAGAAUUUUGUAAGCCCGCUGCUCACUGUUGAAUUGUGCAAUAUAUACAUCGUAUCGCAGCUGGCACAGCAACAAUACCGCUCGGUACUCGGUACUCAGUAGAGUAUGAAGCACACUGUAUCCUUAUCAGCAUGGCAAUAUGGCGUGCGGGAGAGCGGGAUCGAUCGCCCUAUAAAUGGCGCAGAGCAACAAUUGUUGCUUUUAGUUCUUUGAGGUUUGGCGGCGCGUUUGAAUCGCAGACAGAUCGCUAAAUAGGGCCCCAAAAGAGCCAAUUUGACAAGAGUUUAACGCAAAUCCUGUGAAUUUCGCGAACGAACUGCAUUCAACUGCAUCCAAAUAUAUAUACCCAAAUUUGAACAAUGUGCUGUGGCGAGGUGCUGGCAUAAAAAUGUGCGCGCACAAAAUCUCGUUUGCCUUUACUAGGGGAGCGCACAGCCAGAGAGAAACAAAAUCAUGUACUUAUGACUGUACAACAUCGACAACAACAACAACAACAAGAACAAGCACACAACAACAAGAAGCAACAACAGCAACAUAAACAACAACUGGCUCAAUUAAUGAACGGCGGGCAGCGGGGCACCUUGUAGCGAGACACCGAGACACCGAGGCAGCGAGGCAGCGUCCACUUGAUUGCCUCGAUCUGGCUAGAGCGGGCCAAAGAUAUAUAAAUAAGGAAAAGCAACGCACGCGCGUAUUAACACAUUGGAUGUUCGGUUCUAAACGCGCAACGGUUGUUCGAAAAUUGCGCAUACGCCGCGUGGCCAAUGAAUUAAAAUAAAGUGUUGAAAAGUGUUAAGAAAUAUGAACAGUCACAAUGAUAAGCACGAUCAGCGCCUGGGCCACCGUCGUCAGCCCGCGCUCGGCAAGGCCAUGCCCGUGACAGCCUUGCUGCUCAAUCUGAAUCUAGCGGAGACCAACAGGGCGAGCCAUGCACGCAGCGCAGCUGCUAAUGCUGAUGAGAUUGAGAAUGAGCCGCCGCCGCGUUACUUUAAUAUUGCAGACGAGCUGCAGCCUCCACCGUCGCCCAAUGAGCAUAAUACGCCAGAGCCGCCGCACUACGCAGAUCAACAGUUGCUUGGUCAUGCCAAGGCGGACAUGCCCUGCCUCAACUGCAGCCAACGUACGCCGGAGGGCUUAAGUGGUCCAGGCCUGGCCAUCAAUGAGAUGUGCCAGCGCUUGUGCAACGAUGAGUGCCGACAUGGCCUCUGCUUGUCUGGCCGCCUGGCCACACAGGAUGCAGAGCAGCUGCGCCAGGAUUUCCUGAAGCAAUAUGAAAUUGCGGAAGCGCUAGCCAAGACCUCGGCAAUGACCUCGACAACGCAAAUGAAACAGCGUCUCGCCGCGCGCAAACUGGAAAUGGAAAUCGAGACCCAGGCGGCGGGCACUCAGCCAGCCUGGCUGACCACACCCAGCGGCGAGGCUGCGGCUGCUGCCGUAGCUGCUGCUGCUGCUGCUGGAGACACGUUGCCGCCAAUCGCUGAUUAUGAGUCGCCGCCGCCGCGAGAUUUGCUGUUGUAUCUUGUGAGGUGAGAGAUAAAUGCGAGCGGGCGUGCUCCAUACACAAACAUUGACUGUCAAAACUUGUUGCUGGUGUUGUUGUUGUUGCUCGUUGUUUUUUUUUUUUUUCUGUUGCUAAGUUGUUGCCGCUAUUGGUGGCCAGCGGCAGUUGCGCUUAUAAAUCAAGUUCAUGGCCAACACUGACAAAAUGUCAAGUGUUCUUAGGCAUUGUCAGGCCCCAGUAAACUUGGCUUCAAUCAAAAAAAUAACUAACCUUGCUCAAUUCAUGCGAAAAAUAUAUAACAUAGUUUAUUUUACCUGCGGCUUAAAAUCUAUGUAAAAAAACAUCAGAGACAAAUCAUUUCGUUUUGGUUUUUAGCAGCGCCCAAUUAAUAAUUAAUUAAAUAAGAAUAUGCUCGUUUCUUUUCCCAAUAUUUUCCAGAGCAUAUACUUACUUCUAAAAUAUAUGGUCGUAAGUAUAUGAAAAAUAUUUAAGCUGUGUUGACUCAUGCCACGAUACGAAUAUUUUAGGGAGGAAUUGUAAAUGGCAGAUAUUAACUAUUUUAAGCAGCGAGUCUUAUAAAUACGUUACACUUCAGAGAGAACUUAUUUAAUAAGAAUUUUUUUAUAGAAAUCGAUUGCCAGUUCUUAAUUUGGAACUGGUUUUAGUGUUUUAUUUCGGGCAUUCUUCGACAAACUAUGAUACUAUAUAAUCGGAAAUUAAAAUGCAGCUACAGCUGCGUGUCAACAUUCAAAUUGGCAAUUUUUAGAGCUAGUCACGUGGCGAAUGAUAGCAUUUGUCGCUGUAUCUGUGGCGCAUUGCAAGUGGUUUAGCAAGUGGUUCAACAUGUCCAAAUCAAACCCGCCCCCGCUCCCAGCUGUCUAAAACUAACCGACUAAUGCUUCAAUUUUUUCCACUGUUCUAUUCUAAUCUAUU